CCUUCCCUCCUCUAGUUCAAACAUGAACGCUUCCUCUAAUGCGAACCUAAGCAGCUCUCCCCCGUUCUGCCUGCUGGGCGCUGUGGGUUACUCCCAUAGCCUGGAUACAUGCGUACUGGAGGUGGUCGUCAUCCUCUUCCUCACCGUGCUGAUCAUCGCCGGCAACCUGGUGGUGAUCUUCGUCUUCCACUGCGCCCCUCUGCUGCACCACCACACCACCAGCCACUUCAUCCAGACCAUGGCGUACGCGGACCUGCUGGUGGGCGUGAGCUGCCUGGUGCCCUCGCUGUCCCUCCUCCACUACCUCCGAGGCCUGAACGAGGAGCUCACCUGCAAGGCGUUCGGCUACAUGGUGUCGGUGCUGAAGAGCGUGUCCAUGGCCUCCCUGGCGUGCAUCAGCGUCGACCGCUACAUCGCCAUCACCCGCCCGUUGUCCUACGCCACGCUGGUGACGCCCUGCCGGCUGAGGGUCUGCAUCGUCCUGGUCUGGGUUUACUCCGCUCUGAUCUUCCUCCCGUCCUUCUUCGGCUGGGGGAAGCCUGGCUACCAUGGGGACAUAUUUCAAUGGUGCGCGGACUCCUGGAAGACAGACCCGGGGUUCAGCACCUUCAUCCUGGCGCUGCUCUACGCGCCGGCAGCGCUCAUCGUCUGCUUCACCUACGGGAGCAUAUUCAGGAUCUGCCGGCAGCACACGAAGGAGAUCACCCAGCGCCACGCUCGCUUCUGCUCGCAGACGGAGGGGGGCACCGGCGAGCGGGGGGAUCGGGUGGAGGGCUGCCCGGACAAACGCUACGCCAUGGUGCUGUUCCGCAUCACCAGCGUCUUCUACGUGCUGUGGAUGCCGUACAUCCUCUACUUCCUGUUGGAGAGUGCUGGACUGUACCACCACAACGUGGCGUCCUUUCUGACCACGUGGUUGGCGAUUAGCAACAGCUUCUGUAACUGUCUCAUCUACAGCCUCUCGAACAGCGUCUUCCGGAAAGGUCUCGGCCGCCUCUUCAGCCCUCUGUUCCCGUCCUGCCUCGGCUGCGCCUCCAGAAAGGCUCCGGCUCCCGUCGGCCCGCGACCGGACCCUCGAUGCAAAGUAUGAUUCCUGACAUCAAACGAACUUUUGGUUUGGUCCCUUUGGAGGCACGGCCCUCUGCAUGUGCUCGGCUGCAGAGCAUGACCAAGGGGUUUGUGGUCCCGGCAUUGAAAUGUGUUGAGGACCUCCUGCUCGGAGCACAGAGAGGUGCCCGUGCAGACGCCUGCUGUUCCUGUCAGAAGCUGUUUGUGCGGAGAAGUAAAGUUUCAUCUUGGAAGCUCAUCAGCGUGAUGCUGCAGCAACGACAGACUGAUGACACAGAGUAAAGACGUUUGCUGAUGAUAGCAAAUUAGAUUUGUGUAAUUUAAUUAAAUUGAUUUAAUGAACACUCCUGCACUGACUUAAGAACUCCCAGAAGCAAAAAAAAGAAAAGGAGGAAUUCACAGUGCGACUUGUGUUGUGCAAUAUACUGAAAUGCAAAAAAAGUUCUUUUCAUGCCUAAAUCUGUAAAUUGUUUUGGUUCUCCCAGGGUAGAAAAUGUUUGACACUUGAAACUGACUACUGAUCUGUUUCCCCAAGAUACUGACGAGUGAACGAGUGACUGAUCUCAGGUGUUAAUCAGCCGUUCAGUGUGUGUGUGAGAUAAACAUGUGUAUCUGAUGGACUGUAAGCUCAUUUCCCAGAGAGAAGAUUGAGGUUUAUUCUGGACUUUGUGUGUUUUAUUCAAAGGAUUCCUCUCCUUUGAAGCCGGGUGUUGGUGGGAUCUCCAAGUAUGUUUACACAGUCUCGGGUUUUGCAUGGGUAUAUUGACUUAAGAAUUAGCUCUACCUUCCACGGCGGCCACUGACCCGGGAAGUCUUCCUGUCGGCACACGGUGGUUCAGCCGCGUCAACGAGACAACGCAGUGUCAUUAUUUGGGAGAGUUUUUAUCUCUCUGCAUCUCCUCCUCAGGUUUAUCAGCUGUUCUCCGCUCGGCCUCGGGGCGGUUGCUCUUUUAUCUCAGCUGGAUUGCGACGUGACUUAAAUCACAAGUCACAUCGUAAGAUAAUCACCUCCUGACCUGUUAGACAGUCGUCGUCCGGGUUGAUCAUCACGCUGCUGUCGGCCUAGGACCCACACGGGCUCCGGUUUAAAGACUCCAUUGUCAUCUUUGAGGCUGAUGCUGCUCCGACCGGUGAGGAGCGGUGGAGAGGAGCCGGCGCUGUGCUCCACGACCCCGACUGCAAGAGGGUCAGGGCACUUUCCUGAGAGCUUGUGGCUUUUUGGCUUCAUGUAAAUACACUUCAGAGUGUAAAUAUUUAAACAGCGGCGAAAUGGGCCUAUCGGGGGAAUUUCUUGACCUCCAGGGUUAUAAAUGAUUUUGUGGAUAGUGCAAUGUUUUUUUUAAGAUGAUUUAUUGGUCACAGCUAAGAGGUUUGACACUGAGGCUGUUUAUUUAAGUGUUCACGAGGAGAAGUGUUUCUUUAUGCACUGCAGGAAGAUUUAAAAUGUAGAGUUUGCUUUAGUCCCGGUGAAAUUUUUCUGACAGCGUCUCGCUCCAUGAUUUUUUACAUAUUUGUAGAAAUGGGAAAAGAUAGAAACUGAAUGGGAGGAUUUUUCAGAGAGUCAUGAUGUUGCACAGCCGAAAAUAUGUCUGACUGAUAUUGAUUUUUAGGGGCUGAUACUGAAAGUAGAGUGAGGAUAUUUUUAAAUGCAAUGAUUUGGUAGUGAUUCCUAAUCAAGACCCUGAUAACAUAAAACAAAGAAAUAUAACCAAGGCUCAAUAUUUAAUAUUUUAACCAUAAACUUGAUUAUAAAAAACUCUUAAUAGGAAGAAAACACAAAUACUACCAAAUACAUAGAACUCAUAAACGUAUCACAUUUUUUUAACAGAAUAUUUUCGGGUUUGAAAAAAUAAAGCUACUUUGAGACUUAAGCUUCGGAAUUAAAUAUGAUACAAGCGUAAAAUAUAACUUUAUAUUUGGUCAAAUUUUUUACUGUUUAAAUCAGUUGAAACAUCUACAAAUAUUUUGCUGCAAAAAAGUAGAAUUCCCCCCAAAAGCUUCUCAGCACUCAAUCAAAGUGCACUCGUGUUUGCUGAUCAAGUUGAUGUGUUUAUUCAUUCUUUAAACAGGGAAAGUUCACAUGAUGAGAUUCAUUAUUACUGUAAAUGUAACAGAAGAACCUGCUGAAGCAAUUCUGAUUCUCAUUUCCCAGAGAAACUGAGAGUUACACAGCUGCAGUAUAUCAGUAUCAAGCUAACUGACACAAAAUCUUCAACUGUCGUAUGGAAACUCAAGAUAAUAUGAUAAAUAAACAAGAAAGUUGCUAAAUCCAUCCAUGAUGGAGAUAAACUGAAACUUGCUGAACCUGCGAACUCAAUCUCUUUAAAAGUUCGUUAGUGAUUUGUUGUGGUUCAGCACCUGUUCUUUGAAUUCACAUAUUUUAAAGUAUUAAAGAGUAGUUGAAGUUAUUUGAAUUUAAAACUAGCAACAAAUGGUAAAUGACAGAAAGCUACAGAAGAGUAAGAUUUUUAGUUCGUCAGCUGUUUCAUUACCUCAAAAUCCCUGAAGACUGUUAAAAGGCCGGUUGUUGAUUUAACGUUUUAAGUUUGGUGUAUUACAAAGAUUAUCGUCUAGAUAUGAAAAAGUCCAGCUAUUCCCUAGAGCAUCCAUUUGAUCAUACUAUGCAUUAAUUCAUUGAAUAAUGUUUACAUUGUGUAGUAAAUAUGUAUUAAUAUAAUUAAAAAAUAUAUUCCGGGUAAAACUUUGAUGUGAAAAUAUGAAAGAAAAUGACAAAUCCACAUUUAUUGUCAGAGGUGUGUGUAAAUCUUCUAAAAGCUGUGAUUGACAGUUGUAAACACCACAAGGUCCAUAUAGUGACCUUCAGUUGCAUCACAUGAUCUUCCUCAGCAAGUUGGGCUCAUUGCACUGUCCUGAAAUUGUAAAUGUUCACAUGAAAUGAAUUUGAAUUAAAUAUUCAUUGAAAAUA